CACACACUCCCUCCCCCUCCCUCCCCCUUUCUUUCUCAGCAUCCUUCUGUGAUCCUGUAGGUGACAGCUACAGCACCAUCCAUGGCCUGACAUUAUUUGCAGGCCCUUUGUAUUUUACCUUGGCAGCUGUACAGACUAGGAUCUAAGGCUUCAUUUUCGGAGCUUGUACCAAGCAUCUGUUUGCUGGGUCCUGUUUUCCUGUAUUUUCUCAGGCUCCUUGGAAAGUAAGGAAUGCAACUGUUCCACCAUGAUGGAAGGACUGAAAAAGCGAACAAGAAAGGCAUUUGGAAUGCGGAAGAAAGAAAGAGACACUGAUUCAGCCGGUUCACCAGACAGGGAUGGAAAUCAGAAAAAGACAAAUGGUGCCCCAAAUGGAUUUUAUGCAGAAAUUGACUGGGAAAGAUAUAACUCUCCUGAGGUGGAUGAAGAGGGGUACAGCAUUAGACCUGAUAUUGAACCCGGAUUUAACAAAGGAAAGCACUUUUAUUCUUCAAGUGAAUCUGAAGCAGAAGAAGAGACACACAGAAAGUUUAACAUAAAAAUUAAGCCCCUGCCAACAAAUGACAGUAUUUUAUGUGUUGCAACAGUUGAUGAACUGAAAGCAUCUAUUGGGAAUAUUGCUCUUUCCCCCUCUCCAGUGAGGAGAAGUCCGAGGCGAAGUCCGGGUAAUCUUAAAAGAAAUGUUCCCAGUGAGGAAAUAGCAAGGCCCAGACAUUCAGUGCCAUCACAAGAUCGUGUGAGCAAAGCAGAACCAGAAGUUACAGUCCCAUUAUCGCCACUGUUUGGUCCACCAUUGGAAGCAACAAUUGAAACAUCUUUACCUCAAGUUCCAUUAGAGCAACCUGAGAUCUGGGGUCUACUUACCAUGAAAUCCAGUGACUCAAAUCAGGAAUCUCCCCCACCAUCCAUACCACUCCAAAUCGGAACACCACCACCAGUUCCUCCUAAAAGUAUUCCAGCAACACCUCCACGAACAGGCUCUCCUUUAGCUGAUGGACAAGGAAGUGAUCAGACAACAACAGAGGUCACAGGUGACAAAGUUCCAUCAAUCAAUGAUAUGGACCGCCUUUUUGGCCCAGUAUUAUCUCCAAAGUCAGUUGCUAUUGAUCCAGAAAGCAAGUGGGUCAGCUUUUGCAAUCAUUCCACAGAACAUACAACUGCAGUAUUAACUUCAAGAGAAAAUUCUGUAUCCCCACCUGUGCCAACAGAACAUCCAGUUGAGACUUCACCUGCUGAUGCUCCCUGCAGUGUUCCAUCUCCUCUCAGCUUAGAAGAGGUUCAGAAGAAAACUUCUGAGCAGUCUUUUCCUAAAGAUGAUGCAUUACAAUCAUCAUCAUCAACAUCUCCUAAAGAGUUGGGUACUGGACAAAGAGCCACGCCUCCUCCCCCUCCGCCACCUACCUACAGAACGGUUGUUUCGUCACCUGGACCCAGCUGUACAAGUGGCACAGGCAGCAGCAGUGGUUCUUCAUCACCUGCUCGGCCGGCAACUCCAAGCACAGCCUGCAGCACAACACCACCUCCUCCUCCUCCUCGGCCUCCAUCUCGACCAAAGUUACCACCUGGAAAACCUGGAAUCGGUAGUAUGCCAAGACCUUUCAGUCCUCCUGUUCACUCAUCCAGUCCGCCACCCGUUGCACCUCUAGCUCGUGCUGAAAGUACUUCUUCUAUCUCCUCAACCAAUUCCUUGAGUGCUGCCACCACUCCCACUGUUGAAGAUGAUGCAUUUGUUGACAAACUGCCUACGUUUGAAAGGCGCUGUGAAACACCUGCAGGAUCAUCUCGUGGACCUAGUCCCUUGACUAUGGGAGCACAGGACACCCUUCCAGUAGCAGCGGCAUUUACAGAAACAGUAAACUCCUAUUUUAAAGGGGCAGAUCCUAGCAAAUGUAUUGUGAAAGUAACAGGAGAAAUGGUCCUUUCCUUUCCUGCUGGAAUCACUAGACACUUUGCAAACAACCCCACACCAGCUGUUCUAACAUUUCGUAUCAUAAAUUAUAGCCGUCUAGAGCAUGUCCUGCCAAAUCCACAGCUUCUCUGUUGUGAUACAACACAAAGUGAUCCCAAUUCUAAGGAAUUCUGGGUAAAUAUGCCAAAUCUUAUGACACACCUAAUGAAAGUAGCCGAACAGAAACCACAGGCAACAUACUAUAAUGUGGAUAUGCUGAAAUACCAGGUUUCUACACAAGGCAUUCAGUCUACACCACUGAACCUUGCUGUAAGCUGGAGAUGUGAUCCUGCAACCACUGACCUUCGAAUAGACUAUAAAUACAAUGCCGAUGCUAUGACGACACCUGUCGCUUUGAACAAUGUUCAGUUUCUUGUUACAGUCGAUGGAGGGGUAACAAGCCUUCAGGCCGUACUUCCACCAGCUGUUUGGAAUGCUGAACAGCAAAGGAUACUUUGGAAGAUACCAGAUAUUUCUCAGAAGUCUGAAAAUGGAGGAGUCGGAUCACUGCUAGCUCGGUUCCAGUUAACAGAAGGGCCAAGCAGCCCAGCACCAUUAGCAGUCCAGUUCACAAGUGAAGGCAGCACACUUUCUGGAUGUGACAUUGAACUACUGGGAGCUGGAUACAGAUUUUCACUCAUUAAGAAAAGAUUUGCAGCUGGAAAAUACUUAGCAGACAACUAAAGAUUGAAGUCAACAGUUUAACAAGCUGAAUGCACUGCUUUCGUAUGAAGAAUUCCCUGGAUGAUGGUUAAUCACACAGUUUCUGUGAAGUGAAAAAUUUCACCUGCUGGAAGCAAAACUGUACAUCUGGCAAUUUGUUUGAAGAAACUGAUAGCUGAUGACCACUCCUACAGUAUUUAACUAUAAAUGUAACAUUGUUAAUGGUUUUAAAAUGUAAUAUUUGUACUUGUAAAUUGUAUUCACUCCAGUAAGGCUAUAUUUUGGCAGAUAGGCACUUGAGUUUUAGCAUUCCACCAUUUAUGAAGUUGAUGUUAUUUAAAUUAUGGUAUAUGAUGUUAAUGGUGAUACUGUAAAAAUUGUAAAAAAUGCACAAUAUUUGCAGGGAUUAGAUUACAUGUCUUCAGAUGUGUAGAUUAGUUACAUACAGUACAGACUGCUAGCAGAUAUAUAAUUAGGACACAGGUCAUAUUAGAAAUGGUAAAUGAGCUUUACAGUACCUCCACAUUCAAACAAAAUUAAGGAAGGAAUCUAAUACCAGAGGCAUAUAUCAUUCUGCAUCAUAAAUAUGAAUCUUACAACUUUCAUGGAUUUUAUGUUCACCUUAUAGGAACACAUUAAUUAGGCCACCUCCUAAUUACAUUAAUAUAACGACAUAGUAAAGAGUAGCUAGAAUUCCUUGAAAAAUUAUGUAUAUCAGGGAGCUGUCAGUUCAGGUUACUACACUAUGUAUUACUAGAAUGUAUACAAUUAAAAUUUCAUACACUCACAGCAAAUUGUCAGUGUUCACUGUUGCUGAAAAUUUGAAUGCACAACGCCCUUUUUUGUUCAGUGGUGGGAGGAGGAACAAGGUAUUUGUAUGCAGAACAGUACCAUGCUGAAACUACAGUAAAACAUAUUGAUAUUAAACUUGUGAGGUCCUGAGAGAAAUAAUAUGGUCAGAAAUAUAUAUAUAUAUAUAUAUAUAUAUAUAUGUGUGUGUGUGUGUGUGUGUGUGCCUUUACUGAAUCUAAACAAAAGACUCAAAUGUUAACAUUCAAAAUGUCAACCACAAAAUGUUGGCAAUGAUAACCUAAGCACAUGCAAAAUUAAAACAAAAAAGACAGAAAAAAAUCAUUUUUUGCAACCCCACACCCCUCUAUUUAUAUAUACUAACUCUGAUGUUGCACAUAAUCAGAAAAACAGCAUAUUCACUAACCCAAAUAAUGAUGUACAAUCUUGAACACCUGUCAGCCAUCUAUUUAGUCAAUUUAAUUUAUGUCUACCAUACACACACACAUAUAUCAUUUUUUUCUGAUGCUCUCUGCAGUACUAAUGUCCUUGUAGUAGUGUAAGAAAAAUUUAAAUUAGCUGUACCUCAAGUGAAUGGUGGGGAUAGCAAUACUAAUGUGAUUUUUGCUAAAGCUAAGAUUUCUCACUCAAUAACACACUCAGUGCCUGCAGGAUUAUUUCUCUCCCUUUACCUUCCUUUGUCAGUUUACUUAAAAUGUUACCCUUUUCCUUCAAAAUCUCUACAUAGAGUUGGUAACAUUUUUUGGUCUUGAGUUAAACAAUAACUGCUGACAUUAGAUUAGAUCAGCUGGAGGGAGUCCUACAUAUUCAUUCUGUGUGAUAUUGUUUUUUUAACAUCCUAACUUCCUUUGGUCUCAGACACUACAUUUCACCACCACACACUACAGUACAUUACAUGGUAAAGAAGUUGUGAAUUCCAAUAUAUUUAAUAAAUUUAUGGACAAAGUAAUAUAAAACAUGGCACUCCAAAGUUAAAGAACUGCAAUUGUCCAAAGACACAAUAAGUUUAUGACUCAGUGGGAAGAAAGAUGGAAGGGUAACAAACAUUUCGUUGAUGGCCUUUUCUCAUCCAGAAACCUUACAAUGGUUUAGCUAGUAUGAUUUAAGAGCCAAUGACACAUUCAACAUCCUAAAGAAAAAUUUUCAAUAUAUUAUGCAAACUGAACAUCAUCUGUACUGAAAUGCCACAUAAAAAGAUAAACAGCUAAGUCUUGCUUUCUUUAUAUCUGACAGUGCAAGGAUCCUUUUACAAAGAAGAAAUUAUCUCUAGACAUAGAAAAUGUAUUUCAAAGCUAGCUUUGUCUGAAUAUAUCGGGUUCAUUUUAAAGGGCCACUAUCCAUGUUCAGUUAACCACAAAAUGCAAUAAUAGCAAACAUAUACUAUUUUCCUAAUACAAAAUGAGUAACUUCUUCUCCAGUUUAAUGCUGACAAUAAGUCAAAAUAGCUCUUCCAUCCUCUCUUUUCUCUUAUCUGCAUGAGUAAAUAGGUUUUCUCAAAAGUCCUACUGCAGCUUUUUUUUCCCCUGACCAGCUUUGUGCUGUGCUGUUAAUCCAUCUUUGGGAUAAAAUGCUAAGUGUUAGCUCUGCUCUGGAACUAUAAAUCUUACCUUGACUUUUUGUCUGCAGAUUAAAGUUUUCUGCAAAAGAUCAUCAUCUCAGGAUGUUUUCCCCAUCGUUAUGAAGACUUGCAAAACAUGUGGGAGAGAUAACCAAAAGUAAACUUCAGAUAAAAAGGAGUUGCUUUCUUAUAUUUUAACACCUUAAUAGAAAAAUGUAACUGAUAAAAUAUUUAGUGGCAUUAACUGCUUCUUCUUUAUUCUUCCAUUAUAACUGACUGAUCAUUCAUCUAAUCUAUCAUUAUUUAUUCCGGAGCUGUAUACUUCAACUGGUAAUCUCAAAACAUCAUUUUGGGGACAUGGAGUCUGUAGAUCUACAAAGUAGAGUGGCACAAUAUUAUUAGCAAGAAGGUUUUAACUUCUUUAAAUAAACAUGUAACAAUUUCAAAUAUUUAUUUUCUAUUUUUAAACAAUUUAUUUCCUUGGAAAUUAAACUUCUUGGCAUUAACAUUGUUCCAUUUCUUUUGGCACAUGAUACAUUCAUGAAAAUGUGUGUAGGAGAUGGGAAAAUCAACUGAGAGAAUUUAGCAGCCAUGACACAAACUAUACUUAAAAUGGGGAUACAUCUCAAAAUAAACAUGAUAGUUGUGUUAUAAUAUACGCCCAUUUUUGUAAAUCUGAGAGUUGUAAUAUAUAUUUUAAUGUUAUAAAUUAGCCACAGUGUAAUGUAAAUAGUACCUAAGUUAGUGUUACUGGUUUAUGAUUGAAAAUAUGUACAAAUGUUUUAAAUUAUGUAAAAAUGUACUUUUAAAUCAUAACUGUGUGUGCAUUUUAGGACAUGCAUUUGUGGCUUAGAAAUCUAUUUAUAUUUCACAAUAUCAACAACUAUUUUCUGUUGUACAGAACAUUUUUUCUUCAUAUUAAUAAUAAUGAGCAUGGACAGACUAAUUUUGUAGUUCUAAGUAAUCAAAACAUUCAAAUAUUAAGUCAUGGUCAUUAUAUUUUAGUCAACAUCUUAUCUGCAUCACUACUGUAUGGUGCUCAACAAAUUUUAUAUGUGUAUGUAUUGUUGCAUUUCAAUUAUUUAAAAUUGAUGUUAUUUAUAUUUUGGGAACAAUUACUUGUAUUAUAUAUUUAAAGAAAUAACAUUUACUAACAGAAGUAGGUAUAAGCCCAGUAUUAAGAAUAUUUGUUCAUAAUUUUAGCAGCCCUGGAAUAUCACCGAUACUCGUUUCAGUCAUGAUUGCUAUAGGUGCUGUUACUGGGGAUGAUAAAGCAGCAACUCUACAUAUUGCAUUUACCUGAAUAUAUAGAAAUACCACUAACCCGUUAACUUAAGCAUUCAAAUGUGAAGUGUGUUCCACUGCAAUUACAUUUUUGCUGUAAUAAUUUAAGUCCACCAUUCACUGAGUAACAGUAUUUGGGUAUGUUAUAAUAUGCUAGAAUUUUGUAAACUUGAGAAAUAUUUAUGUGAUAAACCUUUUCAUGUUUCAAAUAGAUAACUGACCUAAGUGCUUAGACACAAAGGAGAAAACCUGAGUAUCAUUACACUAGAAAUAGUUCUAAGUGUUAUCAGAAAUAUCAAAAUCUAUAUAUAUUAAACUAGUACAAUGUUAUUUUAUUUUCUUCUGUUUAUUGAUUGCAUGUUUAUUUGGGAAAGUUCAGUAGGCCAUGAAACAUAAUAUGUUGUUAAAUCUAAACGUAAGUAUUAACUUCUUCAAAAUACAUAAAACAAAAGCAUGAUAUUACUGUUGAUACAGUAAUAUAUAUCAGUCUUCAUAAACAGUUCUUGAUUUACUCAAAAAGGAAAAAAAAAACAAUCAGAUAUGAUCAUUUAUACCACAUAUCCUUUUGUUAGCAUUAACUAUACAGCUUAGGUGUGGUUUCUAAGAGAUAUAAAAGCGUUAUCUAAUCAGAACAUUUCCAAUAUCCACAAGGCAUAAGUACAUGUAAUAUUUUGUGGCUAAAUAAAAACAUAAUAAAAAUUGUAUGCCCUAUAUUAUGAAAGAUGGCAGCACUGAGAUGUCCAUACAACUGGUCUGAGUCCUCUAAAAAGCACAUGAGGAAUUCCUCAGAUAUUUCUAACUGUUCUGAUGUCCAUAAAUUGAUUUUGAUGCAUUUCAACACACCCUUUUCUCUUUAAGUAUUAUGCUGUCUUGUAUGAUUCCUUUGCAGAUGUUGCAAUACAUAUUUGGAAAGUAGAGUAUUUUUAGUUCAGCUGUUAUGGAUUAACUACACCAGCAACUUCAACAAGGAGCCCAAGGGAUAAUACAGGAGUCAGAAUGGGGUACAUGGAAUAUAGAAGAUAACUAUGGGAACUAGUAAAGCAGACCUUAAGACAUAAUCAUGAAUUAACAUCAACUGUACAGGUACCAGUCAUAUAAAAUUCAUUAGAUGUUUAUAAAUCUGCCUUUCAUUUCUGACCAGUAAUGAAAAAAACAGCAUUUUGUGAUUGACUGUAUUGUAGUCCAUUAGUAUGUACUUCAAGAAUCAUGCUGUUACCUGGUUUAUACCUGCAGCUUACCUGACAAAAUAGACAAUUAUGGAGUAUUUAAUUGUAAACAGCAAUAAAAAUUCAAUAAAAAAAUGAACUAACCACCCUCCAAGGUUAAAAAGUAGAAUGAAACUAAACCCUUAGAAAUUAAAACUGUCCUUCUAAUACACAAACUUUCAUACAUGUACAAUUUGAACUUCAUCAGAGCUAAAACAUCAUGAUAAUAACACAUUUUAAUAAGCAAAAGCUAUACAUUGCAUGGUACAAACUCAUUGAUUACAAAGCACACACACUCAGAAGUCUUCACUUUGUAGCAGGUAAAGUGUUUUAAUAUAAUUUCAUAGUCACAUGAUCGUCAAACAUUUAGUUGCCAUUUAUGUUCCUUAAUCUCUAACGAAUUAUUUGUGUUCUCCUCCCUGAACAUUUCUUGAAACACUGUUACACGAAAUAAAAACUUACUGAAACUUACAUGAUGAGAUGCGUUUAGCUGAGGACUUAUUGUUGUCUUUAUUUUUAAUAUCAUAAACAAUCUCUUGUAUAAAUUUUGCAAACCUCAUAGUAGUCUUCCCCUGUACAGCUUCUGCAUUUUAAACACAAGGAAACAUAUAGACUAUACCAAUACCUGAUUAAAACAUCUCUUAAUAUUCACAUUAUAAUUAGGAUGUGUUAAGUAGAUGUAAUUACCAAUGCAUAUGUUUUACACAGUUUACAAUGUCCAGUGCUUCAAACCACAUGAAGGUCCCUUUUCUGAAAUAUUCUUUGAAUUUCUAGUCUAUUUGAACAGAAAAGUAGCUGCAGUACUAUAACUUUGGUCAGUUUACUGUUACCUAAAAUACUUUUCUAAUUUGAUUUAAUAGUAUUCAUUAAUAAUCCACAUAUCCACAUUUAUGAAGACAGUAAAACUGACCAGAUUAGAUUUCAUAGGCUGAACGUCAACAUUAUUUGGAAGUCCGUAUUUCAGAACAGGCUUAAACCUAACAUCACUCUUGUUGGGUGGGCUUCCUUGUCUCAAUCAAGUCAACAGACUCUGAAAGACAUACCACAAACAGAGAUGUAUUACUUCUGUGUAUUUUUAUCACUAUCAUUAUCAUCUUUAUUUAUAAACGCACACAUAUACACACUCACACAUACAUACACACACACACACACACACACACACACACACA